CAUAAAUCUUUUACCUACUGCUAAACUCCCCCAAUUGCUUCUCCCUCCCUCCCUCCUCUCUCUCUCUCUCUCUCCUUCUCUCUGGGGCUUCUCUGCAUCCAGCUGUUUCUGCAUCUUGCUCUUCUUCUUCAUCUUCUUCUUCUUUUUUCUAUUAAUCUUUUUGAGGGUUGAAAGUGGUUUUCUUGCAGGUUCUUGAUCAUCCCAAAUGCAUUAAAUCUUGUGCCUACUGGGUCUUCCUCUGCUUUAGCUCUUUCUCAUUCUCUUUGAUUCAAUCUUUAAAGAGGGUUUAAGGUGUUUCUGCAGUUUCUUAAUUACCCAAAAUGUCAUAAAUCUGUUACCUACUAACCCAUUUCCUGCUAUUUAUGUUUCUAUCUUCCAGGGUCUUUCUUCUUUGUUUCUCUCCCAAUCUACAACAAUUUGGGUUCAAAGAUUGUGUUUUGAUCAUGCUUUCUUCGAUCUUCUCCUUCUCCCUUUGAUCUUUUCGCCUCUUGGUUUGGGUUAGAAUAGACUGUAUCGUAAGCAUCAAAUGGGUAUUUGUUAUUCGUCCAUUGGCCGUAAGAGGACUACGGCACAGAAAGAAGCGAGCUUGGAUGCCAAGUUUCAGAAAAGUUGCUCAGGCGACUUCUCUUCUUUCAUCGGAAAGUUUGGCGGCGGCGGAGGAGCUGCGGCGGAUGAGCGGGCGCUGCUGCAGAUUCCGGGGAGGUUGUUCGCCAGCGGCUCCAGCAAAAUAGCCAGCUUGUAUACCCAGCAGGGCAAGAAAGGAACCAACCAGGACGCCAUGAUUGUUUGGGAGAAUUUUGGCUCUAGAAGUGAUACAGUCUUCUGUGGUGUAUUUGAUGGUCAUGGUCCCUACGGUCAUAUGGUUGCGAAAAAGGUCCGAGAUUGUCUUCCUAUUCUGCUGGCCUCUCAGUGGGAAGCUAAUUCUAACAAUGACCGGAAUGAGGAUGGAAAUGCUACCAGGAGCACAAAUUUUGAGGAAUGCACGGAUGAAGAAUUGUGUGAACCUUUGGAGGUUGAAGAGAAUAAAAAAUUCCCGGAAAUGCACCAGCCCCUAAAGAAAUCGAUGUUAAAAGCCUUCAAGCUGAUGGAUAAGGAAUUAAGGUUCCAUCCAAUUAUUGACUGUUACUGCAGUGGAACAACUGCUGUUACUUUGGUAAAGCAGGGUCAGGAUCUUAUAAUUGGAAAUGUUGGUGAUUCAAGAGCAGUAUUGGCAACAAGGGACAAAGAAGACGCUUUGACUGCUGAACAGUUGACCAUUGACUUGAAACCUAAUCUUCCAAGUCUCUCUCUCUCUCUCUCUCUCACACACACACACACACGCUUGUCUGGCAUGCACUUACUAUUGUUAUUAUUCUGUUUAGGGGAAGCUGCUAGAAUCCAGCAGUACAAAGGCAGGGUAUUUGCUUUGCAAGAUGAGCCUGAGGUUGCUCGUGUGUGGUUGCCUAAUAGUGACUCUCCUGGUUUAGCCAUGGCUAGAGCUUUUGGAGACUUCUGUCUGAAAGAUUUUGGUUUGAUAUCUGUGCCAGAUGUGUACUACCACCAACUUACAGAAAAAGAUGAGUUUAUUGUUCUUGCCUCUGAUGGGGUUUGGGAUGUCCUGUCGAAUAAAGAAGCUGUAGAUGUGGUUGCCUCAGCCCCAACUCGCGCAACAGCUGCUAGGGCACUUGUGGAUUGUGCUACUAGAGCAUGGAGGCUCAAGUACCCGACAUCCAAGAUUGAUGAUUGUGCUGUUGUAUGUCUUUUCCUUGAACAUGUACCAGCAGCAGCCGAGGCAGAAGCAGAAGCAGCUCCAGCUGAGGCAGCGGCAGUGAGCAGAAUCUCUGUGAUCAACGGGGACCUUAGAAGUUCAGAUAAUGGUGGUAUUUCUGCUUCUCAUGUCUCUGUUACCGAGCGCUCAACUACUACAUUAAACGACUCUGGUGAGAUUGUGCCUGUCCCAGACUCGACAGAGGAAAAGCAUCCUCAGAGUGGCCUGGGCCAGUCAAAGAGGAGCUUAGCUGAGUGCCUAUCGAAUGCAGAGGACGAGGAAUGGUCAGCCCUCGAAGGCAUCACAAGGGUUAACAGUCUACUUAGUAUACCGAGGUUUUUGUCUGGUGAUAAAAGAUCAGCUAGUUGGAGGAAGUGGUUGUAGGGAGCGCAGCUGAUGCCUGAUAGUGAUUUUCAUUCGUUAAGCCGAAGGGUAUGACUGGCUAUUUCUUAAGAACCAUUUUUGAAUCUUAAAGCAGUUCAGUUGGGGGAAGUCUGUAGGUUUCACACGCCUUGUCUGCUCUAUCAGACAAUGUUAUAUAUGCCAAAGGCUGUCAUGGUCUCUGGAUGUUCAAAUCUGCAAAGAAAAGGGUACACUCAAAAAGGCAAAGAGCUGCUGCGCGUUGGCAUGGACAGUGAUGGCAGAUGUAUUGCCUGUAGGCGGGGACGACGGAUGAUCCAUUAGAAAAUGUAUUUUGGCUGUAAGAAUUGAGUUUUGUUUGUUGGAACUUUGUGGUUCUCAUUGCUUCAUAUUCAUACAGGCAUAAUUAAGAUGAGACUGGCCCUUUGUCGUGUAGGAAAGGUGAUGCUGAUGAGAAAAUAAGUUUUUGUAGUAGGGAAAGUUUAACAGGGCAGAUCAUGUAUAUACCUUGCUUGAUGUUGUCUAUUUUUACAUCCUCCUUUUGUCGGUU